UUGAACCAUUAUUCUCGUGGGAAAAAGAUUCUUGAACUACUGAAAAGUUCUGCGAAGUAUUCUACUGUACUUACAGAAUCAAGUAAUACACAAAGCAAUGAUGUUUUAAAUGAACAGUAUAUUAUUAGAGAUGCCUUGAGUUUUGAUGAAGAAGAUGAGUCUGAUGUAGACAAAUAUUAUGAUAAACUAGUUGUGGUGGAAAUGAAAUCUGAUCUGCAUCAGAUACCGUCAUUCCUGGCAUGUACGCAUGGCUCCGGAAUUUUCGAACUCCAAGUUUUGGAAAUGUCGAACCCGCGUAGCGAACUAUCCAACGGCGAAUGUUGUGGGGGCGGUGUCCGGUCGCCUGUCACUAAUCGGUGUUCUGUUCCGUGUCAAACAUUUUUUAGACUGUGCUUAAAAGAAUACCAGAGCAACGUGACCAGCAAUGGACUAUGCUCCUUCGGAAAUACCUCUAGCCACGUCAUAGGCAGGGAUUCCUUCACCUUAGCUGAUCCAGAUAGAGGAAAGUUGGUGUUGCCUUUUACGUUUCGAUGGACGUUUAUUAGAUUUGCAAAAGUAGAAAAAUCAACUCAUAAAAAAAACGUACAGUACAAAUGA